GCAUGCUUCUAAACAGGCCACCACUCGGCAGGGCCAAACAAGUAACAUGAAUGUGACUAAUGUCACGCUUCGGCAGCGUGAAACAAAUACAAACCAUACUUCCAAUGUUAGUUUGCAAGCUUCCAAACAUGUCAUUACUCCGCAGGCCCAAACAAAUCGAAACCAUACUACUGAGGAGCAUCCAGAUUUCAUGAUCCCCAUCUUUGAAAAGCAUAAGCAAUUAUGGGCUAAAGAUAUGGAAGAUAUACAAGCAAUGUGUACAGAAAAACAUGGUACCCGCAUGGCUGAGUUUGCAAGGGAUGUCAUCGCAGCUUGGAAGGUCCAUCCUGCACCUACUACUUCCUUUGCGUCGCCCCCAAGGGCUGUAGAUGUUUCAAACAUUCACGAAGCCGAAGGUAGUGCUUCAAAGGCAACUCCCGAAACACGCUUCUGGAAGGAAGCCGUCCAGAUUGCACAGGAGGUGGAAAAGAGCAAAGAGAAGUCAAGCCGCCAAAAAAUGAAACCUGAUACACCAGCAGCUGCGACUUCAGCUCAAACCAACCCAUAUCAAGGUGCAAGCCACACGACUUACUAUGACAUUGAGCCACCUUCUUUCAGUCUUUUACUACCCGGUGAGAGCUGGUCUCAACCACUCCCGCCAACUGACCAACUUGAACAAGCAGAUGUUGUCACCACUGGUGUAGGAACCAGUAGUUCAGGACCCAUUGCACAAUCAUCCUCGCAUGAAAAAGAUCAAUUACCACCACUUGAACAAGAGCAGGCCGCGUCACCUAUGGAAGACCUAGCUAUCUCACCUGGACAUGACCCGGCGACCUCUCAUCAACAAGAUUUUGCUUCUGCUGCACCUACAAGUGUUCCAAACACAACUACUGGAACAACCCUUACAGUACCCACUGCACCCUCACAUGGGCAAGAUCAUAUAGCAUCACGUGAACACGAGCAUACAGCCUCACUUGACCCAGCUACAUCUCACAAACAAGCCCCAUCUGCUGCACCUACUAUUGUCAUAAAAAGAACUCCAGAACCUGUACACACAGAAGAUACUGAAACCAGCAUUGUCGACACCAUCGGUACACAAACUCAAGAAAAGAAGAAUAGGAAGAAGAGAGCUUUUCUCGGGCUUAACGAAGCAAACGCCUCAAAGAAGAUCAAGACUACCGAUGACCAGAAGGAAUCGUACUACAAAUUCAUUCUCAAACAAUGCGUCAAACCUCCCAAAAAAGGAGAAAAAAGGCCACAUUUUGUGGAUUUUGGUGACUACCAUAUCUCUUAUGAACACUUCCGUGAAGCGCUUCGACCCAGUGGUCACAUAGAUACCCACGUCAUGGAACUAUUCAUCAGACACUUCAACAACGAGACGGACAACGUGACAUCAAAUUUACACACAUGCACCAAGUUUGCUUUCUCACAAUCAUUAACGCAAAAACUACUGGUCGAUGAGGACAAAUUCGACCCUACGAGUUGCCUUCGCGAAUUCAACAAACUUUAUAAAGAACACAAACUCAAAUCAAAGGAUCUGCUAUUUUUUGCGAUUGUUGAUACCGAACAUUGGAUCUUGUGCUGCAUCAAUCUUAUUCACAAACAGAUCAACAUACUUGACUCUAUGAAAAGAGUACAUAAGACACAAGUUUAUGAGAAAGCGGAUGUUCUGGUUACUAAUUUUAGCAAGCUGGCAUCUCUCGCAAAAGCCUUCCCAAAUACUAAUUUCAUGGAGUUUGUAUGUUCAAAUCCUCUAGAAUGCCGCCUUCAGAGCACACUAUUUGAUUGCGGUGUCUUCACAAUGCUACACAUGCAACACUGGGAAGGCAAGAUACUGAAACCCUUCUGCAUGAAAAUGCUUGAAAACCGCAUGCUCAUUGUCCACGUGAUCCUACAUUCUACCUUGAACAAGGCUGAUCCAACCUGGGUUCUGAAGAAGAAAUAAGGAGAUCCAUUUGCUUCUAAAAAAUAUAGUUUCAGUCUAGCUUUGUUUCUGUUGGGAUCAACCAUGAUUUUUUUACUCACUUGUUCCGGGUUGGCAAGAAUUGGGAAUGUAGAAAUAAUAAGUUUCCGAAACGCUUUGUGAAUCAUAACAGGUUAUUUUAUAUAUUUGUAUGAAAUUUGAGUCUUCUCUAUUUGGUUGACUUUCA